AAAACCUAUUGGUCCGGCGUUGGCAGGCCUUACAGGGUUCUGUGCGGUGGGAGUCCCGGGCCAGUGCCGGGAAUCUCUCUUGUUGUGCGAAGAGCGCCUCGACGGAGUGUGUGUCGCUGCUCCGUGGCCUUCCGCAGGGCUUGUUGGAGGCGGCGGAGCCACUUCUCUGCGUGACAGGUCAGCUGCAGCGGAUGAAUGGAGGACUCUCGGCCCUGUGCAGCGCGACUGUGAGGGCGCCGCCGGGUUUGCGGCGUUUGCUGUUGGAAGAGCGAGUUUGGCGGCGACGGGUGGUGGUGGAGCGGACGCGGGACUACGCGGUUUGCAUUGUUGGUGGCUUCCUGCCACCUGUGCAGCGCCGCGGCCGCCUGCUGGGCGAGCGUGCGUUUGCCGCGCUGGGUCCAUUGUCGUGA